AUGGUGGAUAUUAUUUUUAACUCUUCUUUCUUGGGUGAUAUGGGGGAUCAUUCCAAAAAGAAGUCCGGAUUCGCGAUGUGUGUAGGCUGUGGAAGUCAGAUACAUGACCAGUACAUUCUGAGAGUUUCCCCGGACCUGGAGUGGCAUGCAGCCUGCCUGAAGUGUGCAGAGUGCAGCCAGUACCUGGAUGAGACAUGCACUUGCUUCGUACGGGACGGAAAAACAUAUUGCAAAAGAGAUUAUGUAAGGUUAUUUGGAAUAAAAUGUGCAAAAUGUAACCUGGGAUUCAGCAGCAGUGAUUUGGUGAUGCGAGCCCGGGACAACGUGUACCACAUCGAGUGUUUCAGAUGUUCCGUGUGUAGCAGGCAGCUCUUGCCGGGGGAUGAGUUCUCUCUCCGGGACGAGGAGCUGCUGUGUCGGGCGGACCACAGUUUACUAAUGGAGCGGAGCUCCGCCGGAAGCCCAAUCAGCCCCGGACAUAUCCACUCCAACAGAUCACUACACUUAGCAGAGCCGAUGACAGUACGGGCACCACACCGAAACCACGUCCACAAGCAGUCAGAGAAGACAACACGAGUGCGAACCGUUUUGAACGAGAAGCAGCUCCACACGUUACGGACCUGCUACAACGCCAAUCCGCGGCCAGAUGCGCUAAUGAAGGAACAACUGGUGGAAAUGACCGGCCUCAGCCCAAGGGUUAUUCGAGUUUGGUUCCAGAAUAAAAGAUGCAAAGACAAAAAGAGAUCUAUUCUCAUGAAGCAACUUCAGCAGCAGCAACACAGUGAUAAGACUAGUCUACAGGGGCUCACAGGUACGCCUCUGGUUGCCAGAAGCCCUAUCAGGCACGACAACACGGGGCAGGGUAACUCGGUGGAGGUGCAGACCUACCAGCCGCCCUGGAAGGCCCUCAGCGAGUUCGCCCUGCAGAGUGAUCUGGACCAGCCGGCCUUUCAACAACUGGUGUCUUUCUCGGAAUCGGGUUCAUUGGGAAACUCCUCCGGCAGCGACGUGACUUCUCUGUCAUCGCACUUACCCGACACCCCGAACAGCAUGGUACCCAGUCCCGUGGAGACGUGA